AUGGCGUGUUGGAAGGAGCGUGUGUACACAAGCAGCGACAGAGGUGUGGCGUUGGGAGCUGUCUGCUUGCUAGCGAUCGCGUUCAGUGUUGGCCAGUCUGGAAGAGGCCGUCGAACGAAGAUUGUCGAAUCGAUGGAUCGUCGAGAUGAAAGUGAGGCGACGCCCGCCGACGCUCGAACGACGCUGGUAGUUGUGCAGUGUCUCAGACGGAGCUGGGUGUGCUCACAGUAUGAGCCGUCGCGUGGUGUUCUUUUUUUCGUCUUCAGCCGCCGCAGGUAUGUGGCCAGGGAUAAGGUGUUGACGCCGCUGCCGAAUGGGAGAGAGGUGUUUGGGGGCGUGGGCAAGUUGUGCGUGACAGGGACAAACGUGUUGGCCAGUCUGGAAGAGGCCGUCGAACGAAGAUUGUCGAAUCGAUGGAUCGUCGAGAUGAAAGUGGAUAGGUGGAAAGGCAGAUUGCGGACAAUUUUGGCAUUGCUGAGUUCGGGCACACGCGUGGGUCGCGCGUUCUUCAGCGGAGACGUUACGCAUGAGGCGGGGUGUUUGAGGAAUGUGAUGGAGCGGCGGCGCCGCAGGUAUGUGGCCAGGGAUAAGGUGUUGACGCCGCUGCCGAAUGGGAGAGAGGUGUUUGGGGGCGUGGGCAAGUUGUGCGUGACAGGGACAAACGUGUUGGCCAGUCUGAAGAGGCCGUCGAACGAAGAUUCGUCGAAUCGAUGGAUCGUCGAGAUGAAAGUGACUCUCCGGCGCGUCGCGACCCUUAGCAUGGCGUGUUGGAAGGAGCGUGUGUACACAAGCAGCGACAGAGGUGUGGCGUUGGGAGCUGUCUGCUUGCUAGCGAUCGCGUUCAGUGUUGGCCAGUCUGGAAGAGGCCGUCGAACGAAGAUUGUCGAAUCGAUGGAUCGUCGAGAUGAAAGUGAGGCGACGCCCGCCGACGCUCGAACGACGCUGGUAGUUGUGCAGUGUCUCAGACGGAGCUGGGUGUGCUCACAGUAUGAGCCGUCGCGUGGUGUUCUUUUUUUCGUCUUCAGCCGCCGCAGGUAUGUGGCCAGGGAUAAGGUGUUGACGCCGCUGCCGAAUGGGAGAGAGGUGUUUGGGGGCGUGGGCAAGUUGUGCGUGACAGGGACAAACGUGUUGCCCAGUCUGGAAGAGGCCGUCGAACGAAGAUUGUCGAAUCGAUGGAUCGUCGAGAUGAAAGUGACUCUCCGGCGCGUCGCGACCCUUAGCAUGGCGUGUUGGAAGGAGCGUGUGUACACAAGCAGCGACAGAGGUGUGGCGUUGGGAGCUGUCUGCUUGCUAGCGAUCGCGUUCAGUGUUGGCCAGUCUGGAAGAGGCCGUCGAACGAAGAUUGUCGAAUCGAUGGAUCGUCGAGAUGAAAGUGAGGCGACGCCCGCCGACGCUCGAACGACGCUGGUAGUUGUGCAGUGUCUCAGACGGAGCUGGGUGUGCUCACAGUAUGAGCCGUCGCGUGGUGUUCUUUUUUUCGUCUUCAGCCGCCGCAGGUAUGUGGCCAGGGAUAAGGUGUUGACGCCGCUGCCGAAUGGGAGAGAGGUGUUUGGGGGCGUGGGCAAGUUGUGCGUGACAGGGACAAACGGUGACUCUUCGGCGCGUCGCGACCCUUAG